AUGGACGCCGUACGAGCAUCAUCAGGACGCUGCAGGAGCGCCGAGCAGCGUGGCGGCGCCAUCUGCCUUACGAGGGCCGCAUCCUCCCCGGAUUCCGCACUAGAGCAGGUGACCUGCACGCUGGACGCUGGCUGGGCGCGGGCGAAUCAGCGACAAGGAGGAUUUCUCGAGCCUCACUGUAAUUUGCGGACGGCAACUAUUGACGAACUAGAGGAAUGCACCCACAGCGGCUCCUGCCUGAUCGGGCGUUCCAUGCUGGCGCUUUCCUGUUUCUGCGUGCCCCCCAGCAGGCAGGCACGAACGGAAUGCUCGCUAAAUGCCGGCGCCCCACUAGCCAAGAGCAGCUCCCGUUGGCCCAAUGGCCCAGGGCGAGGGUGGGCCGCUGCCGGCCACUCGGGCCUGCUUAUCGGCGCCGCCAGUCACGACUCACGCCUCGAUUCCCCACGCAACGGCCACCCUGCUGGCCUGCUGGCUUUCGUCCUUGGAUCGCCCGCGUUCCCCGCUGCCCUGAAACAGGCCAGCUCGUGCGAUCCCAUCUUCCGGGUAUGGCGCCCUCCCUUGGGUUCUGCAGUCGUUCCCGCCCUCUGCCAACCGGGAUCCCCCGCCAAGGGACGGCAGAGCACGCCCGAGUCCGGAGUCCCUAGGAGCAGGCUGGCAGGCUGGCAGCCCUCUCCAUGCGCCCAUGCGGAUGGCAAAUUCAUGGCUACCCAAGUGACCCAACCAUUCCCGCUGACCGACCCCCUUGUUCCCAAUAACCCUCUCUUUUUUUUCUCCCUCUUCGCGCUUCUCCAUCUGGCAUCCACCCUCCCCUCACCCCCUUUUUUGGGGUAA